AUGGACCUCCUCUUGUUGGAGAAGUCUCUGAUCGCCGUCUUCGUGGCGGUGGUCCUCGCCACCGUGAUUUCCAAGCUCCGCGGCAAGAAAUUGAAGCUCCCUCCUGGUCCCAGGGCGAUUCCGGUCUUCGGAAACUGGCUCCAGGUCGGAGACGAUCUCAACCACCGCAAUCUCGUCGAUUACGCCAAAAAAUUCGGCGACCUCUUCCUCCUCCGGAUGGGUCAGCGUAACCUAGUGGUCGUAUCCUCGCCGAAUCUGACCAAGGAAGUGCUCCACACGCAGGGCGUCGAGUUCGGAUCUCGAACGAGGAACGUCGUCUUCGACAUUUUCACCGGGAAAGGGCAGGACAUGGUGUUCACCGUCUACGGCGAGCACUGGAGGAAGAUGCGGCGGAUCAUGACGGUGCCGUUCUUCACCAACAAAGUCGUGCAGCAGAACCGGGAAGGAUGGGAAUCGGAAGCCGCGAGCGUCGUCGAGGACGUGAAGAAGAAUCCGGAUUCCGCGACGAAAGGAAUCGUGCUGAGGAAGCGUUUGCAGUUGAUGAUGUACAACAAUAUGUUCCGCAUCAUGUUCGAUAGACGAUUCGACAGCGAGGACGAUCCUCUCUUCCUCCGGCUUAAGGCCUUGAACGGAGAGAGAAGCCGAUUGGCUCAGAGCUUCGAGUACAACUACGGCGAUUUCAUCCCUAUCCUCAGGCCCUUCCUUAGAGGCUACUUGAAGAUCUGCCAGGAUGUGAAGGAUCGGAGACUCGCUCUCUUCAAAAAGUACUUUGUUGACGAGAGGAAGCAAAUUGCGAGUUCUAAGCCUACAGGUAGCGAAGGACUGAAAUGCGCCAUUGAUCACAUCCUUGAAGCUCAACAGAAAGGAGAGAUCAACGAGGACAACGUUCUUUACAUCGUCGAGAACAUCAACGUCGCCGCGAUUGAGACGACGUUGUGGUCGAUAGAGUGGGGAGUGGCGGAGCUAGUGAACCAUCCUGAGAUCCAGAGCAAGCUAAGGAACGAGAUCGACACGGUGCUUGGACCAGGAGUACAAGUGACAGAGCCUGAGCUUCACAAGCUUCCAUACCUACAAGCAGUGAUCAAGGAGACGCUUCGUCUAAGAAUGGCGAUUCCUCUCCUCGUGCCACACAUGAACCUCAACGACGCUAAGCUCGCUGGCUACGACAUCCCAGCAGAGAGCAAGAUCUUGGUCAAUGCGUGGUGGCUAGCGAACAAUCCUGAGAGCUGGAAGAAACCUGAAGAGUUUAGACCAGAGAGGUUCUUUGAAGAAGAGGCCCACGUGGAAGCCAACGGUAAUGACUUCAGGUAUGUGCCGUUUGGUGUGGGAAGGAGAAGCUGUCCAGGGAUUAUUUUGGCGUUGCCCAUUUUGGGGAUCACCAUUGGUAGGUUGGUGCAGAACUUCGAGCUUCUUCCACCUCCGGGACAGUCUAAAGUUGAUACCUCUGAGAAAGGUGGACAAUUCAGCUUGCACAUCCUUAACCACUCAACGAUCGUUAUGAAACCAAGGGCGUUUUAA